AUGGAGGGGGCAGAGGCGGAAGGGCGGGAAGGGGCCGCCUUGGCCCAGGACCUGCAGGCUUUAGGAUAUGGGAGUUUCCUGGAGGCGGCGUCGCGGGGCACUUUGUGCCCAGACUUCAGGGCACUGUGCAUGCGGCUGGUGGCGGAGCUGGCGGCUCUGGGCGCCUUGAAGCAGGGGCAUGAAGAGGGCGCCGAGGCGCCGAGUGUCGGCGACGGCCUCAGCGCGGAGGAAGAAUUCCUACGAGAGUUAAGAAGCCAGUUGCGCGAGCUGCACUGCCCCGACAGCGCGCUGUCCCGCGAAGACUCCGCGGCCGCACUGCGGGAGCCCGGAGCGUGCCUGCGUCUGCUGCGCUUCCUCUGCUCUGAGCUUCAGGCUGCCCGCCUCCUGCGCCUGCGUCACUCACUGGACCCCAGCCCUGCACAGCUCUUUGGGGAAGGGACAGAGGAGGGAGCUGGCAUAGUCCAGGAACUGAUCCUUACCCUCCAAGCCCUGGGGCUGCCCAGACCCGCGCUGGGGACCCCUGCCAGCAGGUUGCUGCAGGAGUUGCAUGCCAAGAUCUCAGAGCUGCUGCCUUGCUUGCCCCCCGAAUCCAUGCAGCCCCUCCUCAGCUGCCCGCUGGAUGCACACAGAUGGGAAGCGUUGGAGUCACUGUCCCGAAGCCUGCGAGAUCAGUACAGCUGCCGGCGCUGCCUCCUCCUCAGGCGGCUGGACCUCACCACGUCCGCUUUCCACUGGAGCGAUCGCUCAGAGACUCAUGGCGAGGCCAUGAGGGCAGUGCUGAUCCCAAUGCGAGAGGAGCUGACCCCGGAAUCACAUGUUUCCGUUGCCCACGUCCUGGCUGCCCGAGCUGACCUGUCUCGGCUUGUCCCCGCCACCAGUGUGGCUGCCCGCCGGGGGACCUGCUGUGCCGUCAACAAGGUGCUUAUGGGCAACGUGCCAGACCGGGGCGGCCGUCCAAAUGAGCUGGAGGCCCCCAUGCCCAGCUGGCAGAGCCGAAGAGAGGGUGGAGACAGGCGGAAAGCAGGCCGCCAGCGCUGGGGCCACAAGAAGAAGAAGUGA